AUGCUUGAGCUUGAGGAAGAUAGCCAUGCCGAGGACGCCAUUCAUGACUCCGACUCGAAUGUUGCCCUUGUUUCCCGCAAUGUUACUCCUCAGAAUUUCUCAGGAAAUGGACAGCCCAAUAACUCUGCAAAUAACUUCAACAAUCGUGGGAAUUCGCAGAAUCGUGGAAAGGAAAAUAACCGCGGUCGCAGCGGCGGCAACCUCAACAACCGCGGUGGCAGCAGCAAUGGACAAAGCAGCGGCGGGGGCAGCAGCACCAAUGCACAGGCAUACCAGCCCGCCGCGUCACAACAGCAGGGACCCACUGCCCCGUCGUGGUAUUUUCCACCGUGGGCAGCUUGGGGGCAACAGCCGUGGGCUACUCCACCGUGCCCGUACCCCACGGCUGGGUGGCAGCAGUCGCAUCCAGCUCCUUCGCAGCAGGGAGUUCUUGGUCCUCGUCCUCCACAGUCGUUCUACUCGUCAGCCUCGUCAUCACAUGGUGGGUAUGCGCCCACAGAUAUUGAUCAAGCUAUGCACACAAUGUCUUUGAAUCCGCCCGAUGACAAGAAUUGGUACAUGGACACCGGAGCCACAUCUCAUAUGACCAACUCCCAAGGUCAUCCAGGGAAUGUUAUUCUUAGUUCUUUACGUAGUAGUAAUUUGAUUGAAUGUAAUAAGGCUUGA